AUAUUGUUAAUAUUAAACUUAGUACACGAAUAUGCGGCCAAAUCCUGCAACGAAGAGGUUUGCGGUUCUAUAGUAUCCAAAUGUAUUCUAACACAAAGUUGCAAAUGCGAACAAAAGGAUGAGUCGUGUUUUAAGGACUGUGUACGCUGCAUGGGCAAAAAAUACUUUGAGAAUUGUUGCGGUUGUGUGGAUCUGUGUCCCAAGGCUAGUAGCAAUGUGGAAACCUCCUUAUCACAAAAAUCUCAUGUGGAAAAUUUAGAAGGAGUGCCAGAACUAUUUGAAGCUUUAGUCACAUCACCUGCCGAUGAAUAUAGUUGGAGUAUUCUCACAUUUCCUGUAAACUAUGAAGCGGCAUUGAGAGGCUCAAACUUGAAAACGAAUGAAAUCUAUAGUGGUAAAACGGAGAAUGAAUUGGAUACAGAUUUGUUGGCAAAUUGCACUGUAGUGUAUUUCGAUCAUUGUGUUUCGUGGAAUAAAUGUCGCCAAAGUUGCAGAAGUUAUGGUGCCAGCAGUUAUAGAUGGUUUCACGAUGGCUGCUGUGAAUGCGUGGGAUCCACUUGCCUUAAUUAUGGAGUCAAUGAAAGUCGUUGUAAAUUUUGCCCCGAAGAGGAAGAUGAGGAAUUCGAUGAAGUUGAUCAACAUUUCGAGAAUGAUGAUGGUUCUUAUGAAUUCGAAAUAUUUGAUGGAAAUCUUAAAGAUAAUAGAAUUUAA